AAAUUCCUGCCCAUUUUUUCUUCCCCUUCCGAUCUAUACUUUAUUCCGACAAAUUCUCUUCAGGGAGUGACAAACCAAAUACCCCUCCACAAUGCUAAAGUUUCCCGCCAAGGCCAAGACCUCUUUCUAUUUGAUAACAGCCACCACCGGCUUUGCCGCUGCCUUUAACUUCCAUUCUUUAAACCCUAAUUUUCCCGCAUUCUCCGAUGAUUCUCUUCUACUUUCUUCCACUUUCCCGGAAAAAAUUAGGACAGGAAUCAACGCCGUCUUUCGCUCCUCUCGUGCUGUCACCACAAUCGCUCUCAAUGUAGUUGACUACAAGUACUCUUUACAUGGACUGCCCUUGAAAUCUGAAGAGUACCGCCAUACAUUGUCGGAGGUUCAUGUGCGCUCUGCGAAGAGAAUUCUGAAAUUAUGUGAAGCCAAUAAAGGCUUCUAUGUGAAAGCUGGUCAAUUUGUGGCAGCCUUGCGGCAGGUUCCAAACGAAUACAUAUCAAUUCUUUCCUCAUUGCAGGAUCAGGCAGUUCCUUGCAAUUUCAAAGAUAUAAAGGAAGUACUAAUUGGCAAUCUUGGUCGGGAUUUAUCUGAGAUAUUUUUGUCAUUUGAUGAAGAACCAAUUGCUGCUGCAUCUAUUGCCCAAGUACACCGCGCACUGUUAAAAGAUGGUCGAGAGGUAGCAAUUAAGGUACAGUACCCGGGGUUAGAGUAUCAAAUGAAGUUAGACACUGCAACCAUGUCUUUUCUCUCAAAAUCUGUUGCAUGGUUUUUUCCUGCAUACAGAUUUGAGUGGGCAGUAUCAGAAUUUGCUGCGGCUAUUACUUUGGAACUUGAUUUCAUUCAAGAGGCAAGAAACUCAGAGAGAACAGCCCACAACUUCAAGAACAACAAAAUAGUUAGGGUUCCUCAUGUUUUUUGGGAAUUGACAACCAGACAGGUUUUAACAAUGCAAUUUUGUACAGGACACAAGGUUGAUGACCUGGAAUUUCUGAAGAAAAGUGGAAUAAAUCCAAGAAAGGUUGCAAAAGCAUUGGUGGAAGUGUUUGCUGAAAUGAUAUUCAUCCACGGUUUUCUUCAUGGAGAUCCACAUCCUGGUAAUAUCUUAGUUUCUCCAGAAGCAGAAGGUCGGAGCGGCUUUUCUUUAGUUCUUCUUGAUCAUGGGAUCUAUAAACAAUUAGAUGAAACAUUCAGACUGGACUAUUGUCAGCUCUGGAAGGCUGUGAUUCUUCUUGACUCAAACAAAAUACAGUAUCUAGGCGAUCAAUUUGGUGUUGGGAAGUAUUCUAGAUACUUCCCCCUUAUAUUCACUGGAAGAACUAUUGAUAGUAAAUCAGCUCUUGGGAAGGGAAUGUCAAAUGAAGAGAAGAAAAAACUAAAGCAGGAAUUGAAGUUCCUCAAGAUGGAGGACAUAUCGUCAUUCAUGGAAUCUCUGCCACCUGACUUUGUUACAAUAUUGCGUGCAGAUGGGCUACUGAGGUCUUUAUGUAGCAAGUUGAGUGCUCCACAGCGAGUGCGGCUGCUAGUCUAUGGCAAAUAUGCAUUAUAUGGCCUCCCCCCCAAACUGAAUCCUGAAUCUGAUUUUAUGGGUAUGAUCGUGUUCUCCAAAUUUAUGACAAACUUGAGUUACUUGCAAUUCUGGUUGCAUCUCGAGGCACUGGAGGUGCUUUCUUGGAUGGAAGAGACCCAACAAUUAUUCAACAAAAUGCUCAGACAAUUUGUUGUUGCAGCUGACCGUUUCUUGGUGAGGAUUUGUUUGUCUUUUCCUACCAUAAACCCUAGAUGAGAUAAUAUUGGCAGUUGCCUCAGAAUGUUUAUAUAAAAAAGAGAAUGCAAAGGAAGCCAGAUGUUCAUAAUAAUUGUAAUUUGAGGUGUACGUUCAGUUCCUAGUAGCUGUAGGAGAUUGCAAUGGAAGAGCUACCCGGUGUUGUAAUUUGUUGAAUCUCAAUUCAUUGUAACAACCGCAAUCUUAUAAGAGUCUUUGGGUGGAGCCAAUUCAUCCUAUUUAUCUG